AUGUUAGCUGAUCUUUGUAUCAGUCAUGAAUCUUGUACAUGUAAAAUCUAUGAUAUCCACAACGAAGUUAUAUUUUUUUUUCUCUCUGGUCCACAACACAUUUGUUUAAUAACUAUCUGUUCGGUGAUACGUUCUCUCUCUCUCUCUCUCUCUCUCUCUCCCUCUCCAUUCAUUUUUUGUCUCUUACAAUAUCUCUCACUUUCUUUUUCUUUCCUCUCCGUUUAUUCCAACGUCUCCGUUUGUUUUAGCCUCUCCCUUUAUUCGAACCUCCCCUUUUGUUCCAACCAUCCCGUUUAUUCCAGUCUCCCCGUUUAUUCCAACAUCUCCGUUUGUUCCAGCCUCUCUGUUUAUUCCAACAUCUCCGUUUGUUCCCGCCUCUCCGUUUAUUCCAACGUCUCCGUUUGUUUUAGCCUCUUCCUUUAUUCCAACCUCCCCUUUUGUUCCAACCAUCCCAUUUAUUCCAGUCUCCCCGAAAGGCAGGAUUGGGCAGUUCCGACCUGGAAAGGCAAUACUGAACAGCACAAACCACGUAAGGCUGGGCUGAGCAGCUCAGACCGGGAAAGGAAGGAUUGGGUAGUUCCGACCAGGAAAGGCACGAUUGUGCAGCUCAGACCGCGAAAGGUAGGAUUGGGCAGCUCAAAACCGCGAAAGGUAGGAUUGGGCAGUUCUGACUAUGGAAACGCGCGAUUGGGCAGCUCAGUCCGGGAAAAGAAAGGAUUGGGUAAUUCCGACCAGGAAAGGCACGAUUGGGCAGCUCAGACCGCGAAAGAUUGCCGAUAUCAUUUCCGCCACCUCGACACGACAAUCCGCCAGUCUGGCCUUUUUCCUGCGCCUUGUAUCCACCGACACCACUACUGCUCCAAACCAACUCCGUCGCCGUCUUCGUUUGUUUACAAACUCUCCCUCAAGGUUCCAGUGAGAGACAGUGGUCGGGGAAAAUGGCGCCAGUUUCCCCGCCAGUGCGGUCCUUCACUCUAA